AUGAAGCGUAAACAGGGAAUUAGGCUGUGGGUGUUUGUGUGGCAGAAGGGCUACCAAGAAACGGAUUCCGUGGUGAGCUCGGUCACCACCAAAGUGAAAGGGAUCGCGUUGACCAACACUUCGAAGCUGGGCCUCCGGAUAUGGGACGUGGCCGACUACGUGGUCCCACCUCAGGGUGAGAAUUCUGUGUUCAUCAUGACCAAUAUGAUCAUCACGUUGAAUCAAACACAAGGACGCUGCCCGGAGCAGCUAGAUAAGACUACCAGAUGUCACUCUGAUGCGGACUGCGAAGAAGGAUACACGGGCAUUCACAGCAAUGGUGUUCAGACUGGACGCUGUGUCGUCUACGACCCUGCAAACGUGACCAUCAAAACAUGUGAAGUGUUCGCUUGGUGUCCUGUGGAGGAUGAUGAUAAGGUGCCCCAACCAGCUUUCCUCAAGGCUGCUGAGAACUUCACUCUCCUCGUGAAGAACAACAUCUGGUAUCCCAAGUUCAACUUUACAAAGCGAAACAUUCUCCCCUCCAUCAAUCAGACGUAUCUCAAGAACUGCACCUAUCAUGCUGAAACGGAUCCCUUUUGCCCAAUUUUCCGUCUGGGUGAUAUGGUUGAAGCUGCUGGGCAGAAUUUUCAGGAGAUGGCCGUCGAGGGCGGCGUGAUGGGGCUGCAGAUCAAGUGGAAAUGUGAUCUGGACAAGCCGGCUUCCCGCUGUGUCCCGAAGUACACCUUCCGCCGCAUUGACAACAAGGAUGUGGCCCACACUGUGUCCCCUGGAUACAACUUCAGAUUUGCAAAAUACUUCAGGAAUGCAGACGGCGUAGAGUCCCGGACGCUCAUCAAGGCCUACGGCAUCCGUUUCGAUAUCAUGGUGUUCGGCAAGGCGGGCAAAUUUAAUAUCAUUCCUACAAUGAUUAACAUUGGAUCGGGUUUAGCCCUGUUUGGGGUGGCCACUGUCCUGUGCGAUGUCAUUGUCCUGUAUUUCAUGAAGAAAAAAUAUUAUUACAGAGAGAAGAAAUAUAAAUACGUUGAAGAUUAUGAAUUGGGAGUCGAUAAAAUCUAUGGAUCCCAGUCGGAAAGUCCGGAACUCCGUGGGGACCAAUGACAGCUCCCACGUUCUGCCGUGAAUACGGUCUUAUUAAUUUCACGGACAGACUGUGAAUGUGAUCUUUCUCUUUAUGAGGAACUGGUCAACUAGCCUUGAAUGUCUAACAGGAUCCAGCGGGAAAA